AAGGAUCCCUACUUGAAUCGCGAACAAAAUACACAACCUGAACAAACUAAAUCCCCCGAAUUCCAAAGAUUCGAGCACUUGGAAAGUGGUCUCCUAGUAAUACAACGAGCCACUACCACCACUAGUUCUUCUACUAACAUUCCCGUUUCCCUAAUAACUUUAACUGUAUCCUCAUUUGUUAAUUUCCUCUUCCAUCUCUCGUCUCCAUUAACUCUUUAA